GAGGAAACAGGAACACGCAGGGCGGUUUGGAGCCACAAAUCACGGCUGUAUUCGGCAGCAAAACCGCGGAGGAAAUUCCUCCGGUGCAGCAGCGGGGAUUCCUCAUAGCGCAGGCCGGGGCUGGAGCUCGAACGCCGCGGGGAAGGUGCGCUGACAGGCCGGUAGCUGAGGGCUGUUUGUCCGGGCGGAGUAGCGGGCGAGACGGAAAGAUGGAGACCCCAGCGUGAUCAACUCGGUUAAGUCGAACAGAGCUCAUCUGGAGUAAGUAGCCUUCUAGAAACAUGGCUGAGGGGCUGUUUUCAGCCAACAGGCGCAUCAUCGCCGGCCUGCUGGUCAACCUGCUGUCCUCCAUCUGCAUCGUCUUCAUCAACAAAUGGAUCUACGUGCACUACGGCUUCCCCAACAUGACGCUGACCCUGGUUCACUUCGUGGUCACCUGGCUGGGGCUCUACAUCUGCCAGAGGAUGAACAUUUUCUCCCCAAAAAGCCUCCAGAUCCGCAGGAUCGUGUGGCUGGCCCUGAGCUUCUGCGGCUUCGUGGCCUUCACCAACCUGUCGCUGCAGAACAACUCGAUAGGAACGUACCAGCUGGCCAAAGCCAUGACCACGCCGGUCAUCAUCCUCAUCCAGACCACCUACUACAAGAAGACCUUCUCCACCAAGAUCAAGCUGACGCUGGUUCCCAUCACGUUGGGCGUGAUACUGAACUCGUACUACGACGUCCGGUUCAACGUGUUGGGGACGGUGUUUGCGACGCUCGGCGUUCUGGUCACGUCGCUUUACCAAGUGUGGGUCGGAGCCAAACAGCACGAGCUCCAGGUGAACUCCAUGCAGCUGCUCUACUAUCAGGCUCCUCUGUCUUCAGCCUUCCUGCUCGGCAUCAUUCCUCUGUUCGAGCCGCUGACCGGAGACGGAGGAAUAUUUGGACCCUGGUCUCUGCCGGCGCUGGUGACGGUGCUGUUCUCAGGUGUGGUGGCGUUCCUGGUCAACCUGUCCAUCUACUGGAUCAUCGGGAACACCUCGGCUGUCACCUACAACAUGUUUGGUCAUUUUAAAUUCUGCAUCACUCUGGUCGGAGGGUACCUGCUCUUCCAUGACCCGCUGUCCCUCAACCAGGCGUUGGGGAUCCUCUGCACUCUGGCAGGCAUCUUGUCCUACACUCACUUCAAGCUGGUCGAGCAGGAGGAAGGGAAAAGUCGACUGGCUCAGAGACCGUAGGCCGGUUCGCCGUCAGUCAGCUGAUGGACUCCCACCGCCGGGCGCAAAGACUCCUUUAUAUAUAUUUUUUAAAAGUUUAAUAUGAGUAUUUUUUUAGAAGAGGAAAAAAUUUUCAUCGUGGUUGCCGUGGCGACACAUCGUCUGCUCUCGGCGCCCACGAUCCUUCAACAACGCCGACGUUAAAGUCUUAAGGGAAGCCGGCAGCUGGACUCUCAGACCUUUACACAGAAGCAGUGUCGACUUAAAACAAAACAAAAGCCACAACAACGAGACGUUUCAUUAGAAAGAGGUAAAAGAAUACAACUUACUUCAGCCUUUGCACAGACGGAUUUAGGAUUCGAGCUUCAUCCCAGAACUCCCUGCUGCUGUUUGUGACGCCCUGAUGGACGAGCAGCUCCGGGUUUAUGUCACAGGGUUAAAGGACAAACCUUCAUCUGCUGCUUUGACAACAAACAAAUCAUAAUAACGUCAAUACUAUAAUCAUGAGAAGUGUUUCUUCAGUGCAUUUCUGCUUUUUGAUACUCGUAGAUCUGGAAAAACGUCCACAGCAAAAGAAAUCGAUGGUAAAUUUACAGAUUGUUUGUGUUCCUGCUGUUAAUGAACAAAAAUCUCCUCCGAUCACGUCCCAUCUACAAGCAGUCAGUCAGUGAAUGAGAACAUUUUGCUUUAAAGUGAAAUUAGAGGGAUGUUUGUACCAAAAAACUCUCAGCAAGUUGCAGAGAGUUGCUUAUCGUUGUCAGUAACUGCUGAGCAUCCAGUGGACUGUCAGAGGAAAAGGGAGGCGCUGAAGCUGCCUGUUUACAUACCUCAACGCUGAUUCAAGGCCAGUUCAUGGGUUCUGCAUCCCUGUGCGCUGACCGAGGCCGACUUCGAACACGGACAGCAGAUAACGACCGGGUUGUUUUCGUGCUACGGUGGAAUAACAUCUCCCCACGUAUCGAACGCAGAAAACCCAGAAAGGCUGCAGCUUUUUACAGGACGUAGCAGCUGGUUGCAGAUUAAACCGGAGCGCUGUGACACCGAAUCCUGAGUUGUGCCAAGCAGAAUGGGCGGAUUUAGCCCAGGAUAUCUGGAGAUUUCAGCUGCAACUACUUGAAUUACAGCUCCUCCAAUGAUGAUUUAUGAAGACGUGGGUGACGGAGAAGCUCUUCAAGCAGCCUUUCCUCUAAACAAGCAUCUAUUUUGAGCUCCACAUUGUUUUUCUGUCACAAAUUUUAGGUGAAAACUGCGUCACAGGACACAGAAAGCAUGAAUCGGCCUUUACAACCACAGUCAAAGUAUUACGAAGCUGCUCCAAUCAAUGAUUUCAACCUUCCAGUCCGCCAGUAUUUUCCGUUAUGAGCAUUAUGACAAAUAUCUCCAAUAAAAAGCCGAUAACUUACACAUGGUGUGAUGGGUGGACGGUACACGGGGCGGGUUUUUUCUUCAUUUUUACGUUUCUUUUCUUUUCAGGAUGUUUUUUUUUAUUCAUUAAAGAGUUAUUAGGAUGGGAAAAAAAGCUCCAAAGUUCAUUUAAAAGUUGUAUUUGCAUCACUGACCUCCGUCUUUUCACAGUUAUUGUGGAUUUCUUACUUUGUGGGACGGUUUGUUCGCGUUUUGAGCUUCGUAAAGUUGAACUCAACAUGAAUGACACGACAGUUUGAACAGCUUUUUGACAAAUCGGAUUAAUCCACAGCUGUUCAUCGUCAGUGAUCGGGUCGUUUCUUCUCGUUUUGAGCUGAGGGUUUCCGAUCUGCUGCAUUAGUUUCUUUUUUGUAAUUUAUUUUUUUCCCUCUUUAAUUUGUAUGUUUUUAACAGAAUCUGGUGGGUUUCCUAGUUGGGGUUUACAGUUGUUGUUUUUUUUUUUUACAUUAUUUUGUGUGUUUUUGUUUCGGGAGACAACAUUUCAGAUGCACGUCGUUGUACCUCCAGAAUCCAUCGUCUUGGUGAAGAUGAAGGAGGAGAAGCUCCGUCAGAAAUCAGUGAAACGUGGCGAUCAACCAUCUGUUGUGUAUUAAUAUCCAGAAAAUGUACAGCUGGUCGUGUAGCUGCUGAAAUAAAAACUCCGAUCUUACACACCCAA